UUUAUCUUGGAAAAUAAGAGUUUAGUCUUUCACAGUUGAUCAUUGUACAUUUCUGUUACUCUAAAAUAUUCUAGGAGGAAUUGUUCCACCAACAGAUGAUGCAUAGGAGGAGUACAAGAGAUUACAGUUGCGUGUAGAGAUUUGUAUUGUGAUGACACUUAAAUUUAUGGGAGUAGAUUAAUCCAAACCCACGUUACUAGGUACAUAUUAUGUGUAAGAAGAAGGGAUGCUAAGACAAAUGGAAAAAUAGUCCCUGGCCUCAAGAAGCUUAUAUUUUGGGGAGCUAUAAAAUGUAAAGAGAUGAAUUGGAGAAUGCUAUGAAGAGUUAUUGGCCAGUUUCCUCAUUAAGCAGAUAAAUACAUAAAAGUUAGAGAAGAGUGACCCCUAGGGAGAUAACAAAACAUUCUUCAUCAGUGGUGGCACCUGAACUGAGCCUUGAAGGAAGUUAGAGAUUCUAGAAGAUAGAAAUGAAGAAGUACAUUCCGGGUUGGGGAGGGGAGGGGGACGACGACUGCUUGCUUGUACGAGGCUAGAUCUGGCCCUGGAAAAAUGACCAUUCUACGACAGCAGGAGGUGGGGAAUGACCCCUCGGAGAAGACGGAGGAAUGGUGGGGAAAAAAAGAGCUGGGAGAAAGCUGUGUUCUAGAACCGAGGGAAGCAGUGGAGACAGCUAUCAUUUUAAAGUGGGUUUCCUAAGAAAACUCCAAUAUGGCAGCACUUUCAUUAAGAGGGUUCUCUUCCUCCACCGCCACCACCGGGGAAAAAAAGCCAGUGUGGAGAGUAUCCAAGAGUGCGGUCUCUUUCAGGUCCACACAAAUCUCCCGCCCUCGCUAGACGCUUUUUUCCGGUUCCCAUAAUCCCUACGGGACUGCCCCCUCGGCCCCACCUCGGCUUCGGCACUCGCACCCCUGUAUAUCCUAGAUGACUUCGGUCUUUCCGUGUGCACGUCACAUUUCUCUUGGGACAGGCUGGGCUUUGCUUCUCUGGGACACCAUGGGGUGCUGAUGGGAGUCACGCGCGGCAGGGAGGGUGCCCUGACCCCGCAACAGCCCAGUUCGGGGCCGGCCUCCGGGGCGUGGGGGGGCGCUGUGCUCGGCGAGGACCGCCUCCAGCGGGGACCGCACCUAGCCGGAGGUCUCCGCGAUGAGCUCCGAUGUGGCCCUGCUGCUAGAGGCGGUCGACUUCGCCGCCAGGAAGCACAGCAAGCAGCGGCGGAAGGACCCGGAGAAGACACCGUACAUCAAUCACCCAAUCGGUGUGGCUCGCAUCUUAACCCAAGAAGCAGAAGUUACGGACCUCCCAGUACUGCAGGCCGCCUUGCUGCACGAUACUGUGGAAGACACGGAUACUACUUUAGAGGAGGUGGAGAAAUAUUUUGGGGCAGAGGUGAGAAACAUCGUGGAAGAAGUGACAGAUAACAAAGCACUAUCCAAGCUAGAGCGAAAGCAGCUGCAGGUGAAGAACGCUGCACACAGCAGCCGGCAGGCCAAGCUGGUGAAACUUGCAGAUAAACUGUACAAUCUUCGAGACUUGAAGCGGUGCACCCCAGUCGGAUGGUCUGAGCAGAGGGUUCAGGAGUACUUUGAGUGGGCAGCACAAGUGGUAAAGGGCCUUCAGGGCACAAGUCCCCAAAUGGAAGAGGCACUGCAGCAACUCUUCCAAGAACGAGGCCUGUCACUGUGAGCAGCAGGGGGGAAACCAGAAAUGCUGUCAAGAGUUUGGCCUAAUUUAGGUCAAGAAGAGGAUUCACCAAUCAAUUCUGAAAUUUGUGUUUUGGGUUUGUUUUUAUAAUUUUGAAACCCAUCUCAAAGCAUAUUGGUUCCUUUGAUAAAAAAAUUUACAAACGGGGAGAUUCUUGCAUUCUUCAUGCUCCUCGAGUUAAAUACUGAUUUGUGGAAAUCAGAAUGCCUUUUAUCCUUUAUAAUGUACAGUGAUCUUGGAGAUUGCACUCAGGUUCCCUUUGCUUCUUUCUAAAUUGGGUUCACUGAUAAUAGUGGUGACAUAAAAACUUUUUUUUGAUUUACAAAUUCAAUAAAAAUUAAAAAGGCCUGCA